GGCAGAAAACCGGCUCUUGCUUCACCCUCACUGUCUGUCACCAUGUCCUUCUCUGGAAAAUACCAGCUGGAGUCUCAGGAGAACUUUGAGCCUUUCAUGAAGGCCAUUGGUCUUCCUGAUGAUCUCAUCCAGAAAGGAAAAGACAUCAAGAGCAUCUCUGAGAUCGAGGAGAACGGUGAUGACUUCAAAGUGACGGUCACAACUGGCACCAAGGUCCUGACAAACACCUUCACCAUCGGAAAAGAGACCGAACUGGAUACGCUUACCGGAGAGAAGGUCAAGGCGGUGGUUAAACGUGACGGCAAUAAACUCAAGGUGUCCCUGAAGGGAAUCGAAUCCGUCACAGAACUGGUGGAUGCAAACACAAUUGUCAACACUAUGACUCUUGGCAGCAUUGUGUACAAGAGGACAAGCAAACGCAUGUAGAUGUCUG